AAGAUGUUUUCUACAAUUUGGUUGCACCUUUUCACGACGAGCUGCAUUGUCUCCAACGCUCUUCCCGCUUUGGCUGCUCUCCUCCAUGAUCCCUCAGAGUUACCUACAGGGAAGGUCUAUGACUACGUUAUUAUUGGGUCUGGUAAUGCUGGUGGUGUUGUUGCAAGUCGGCUGACCGAGGACCUUGCCGUCAAUGUCCUUGUUAUUGAAGCUGGUGGCAAUGACGCGGGCGACGACCCUGUCUCGCAACGCAUUCCAGUCCCGCUCAUGGGGAUCUCGCUGCAGAAAUCGACGAUUGACUGGAAUUUCACCACAACACCGCAGAGGGGUUUCUACAACAAGACAAUGCAUUAUGUCCGAGGCAAAGUCCUCGGCGGCUCGACAACACUCAACUUGCUGACACACACUCGUGGAUCAUCCGACGACUACGAUAGAUGGGCGCAAGUGACUAGUGAUGAAAACUGGAGUUGGGAUCGGCUCGAACCAUACAUGCGCAAGUUAGAGCAACUGACACCUUCGACGGAUGGCCACGACAUCUCACAACAAAUCGAUGUAUCGGCCCAUGGAACUGAUGGACCGCUUUCAAUCUCGCUCCCAAACUACUCUCUCCAUGUCGACGAUCUGAUUGAAAAAGCGGCUCACGAGCUCCCAAAUCGUUUUCCAUUUAACAAGGACCUGAACACAGGCAGCCCUAUCGGAAUCAGUUACAACCAGAAUGCCAUCAGGAACGGUGUACGGGAGAGUGUUGCGUCAGCGUAUAUUCGCCCUGCGCUCGCACGGGGCGAUAAUCUAGACGUACUGCUCAACACUCAGGCGCUCAAGCUCUCUCCUACAGAAUACACUGAUGGCAAGCCUUCCUUCCGCACUGUUCACUUUGCUACUGGGCCUCAUGCACCAGUCCAUACUGUGACCGCCAAGACUGAAGUCAUAGUCAGCUGCGGCUCAGUAUCGACUCCCCAACUCCUUCAGCUGUCCGGCAUCGGCGAUGCCGCGAAACUCAAAGCCGUAGGCGUUGAGCCUAUUCUCAACCUUCCAGACGUAGGCCAGCACUUGCAAGACCAUGCUCUGUUUACGCAGCCCUACGUUGUUUCAGAAGGCAACCCACUUGACAUGUUCACACAAAAUGAGACCUUCCAGGGCGAGGCGCUGAAGGAGUGGCAGGAAACAAAGAAAGGCAUCAUGGGACUUUCUUUUUCCAGUCAGACGGGUUGGCUGCGCUUGCCUGAUGAUUCUUCGAUAUUUGAAUCCACUCCGGACCCAAGCGCAGGAAAGAAAAGCCCUCAUUUUGCGCUCAUCUUCACGCCAACGUUCGUGACAGCCUCACUCAAGCAUGGCUCCACAAACGGAUUUCUCACCCUCUCCAACAUUGUGGCCUCUCCUUCAUCUCGUGGAUCAAUCUCCAUCACCACUUCUGACCCAUGGACACAGCCAGCCAUCGAUCUGAAUCUACUCACUACCGAAUUCGACAUGUUCUGCAUGAAAGAAGCUGUCAAGAUGUCGCGCGAGUUUCUUACUGCGCCAUCUCUCGUCAAUUUUGUCCAGGGCCCCUUCGGCGGGUUGGCUGACAUCAAAACUGACGAGCAGCUUGAAGAGUACAUUCGUAAAAAUACCGGCACGAUCCAUCACGCGGUCGGCACGGCGCGCAUGUCAAGCCGCGAUUCGAAGGAGGGCGUGCUCAACCCGGAUCUGAGUGUCAAGGGCUCGCACGGGCUGCGCGUUAUCGACGCAUCGAUCUUCCCUUUCUUGACGGCUGCGCAUACAAUGGCGCCCGUGUACAUCAUUGCUGAGCGGGGAGCAGACAUCGUCAAGAAUGCGGCUUUACACGCGAAUCUAGGGACGCAGGAGCCUAAGAUGCAGGAGGUGUUAGGAAACGCGAAGGCGCCGCGUGUAGCUCGCUCAGAAGUUGAACUCUAG